UGCUGCAGUAGCAUACCCAUCUCUUUAAUUUACCAACUUCUCCAAACAGGAUACACACCUUGCGCGUGCAAGAAAUGUAUUUUUUAUAUUUUGUCAGCGUAUGCGCACAUUUUACCUGCUGACAUCAAAGACAUUCGAAUAUAUUUUAGUACGCAAGGUUACAUAGGAUUCCAUUGGUUAUUUUUGACUGAGAGGUUAAAUAGAGCCAGCCUCUUGCACGCCUAGUUUUCUCAGCCUCCCACACAAACUCAGCUGCACUAACUAGAAAGUCCAGUUUCUCAAGCAAGUCCUAGAAACACCAGAGAGUCCUGGAGGCACCAUGGACCUCGACAGUAAACGGCUGGUGGUGGUGGUACCAAAUGAAGGGCUGGUGCCCUCUCGGCGAGCGGUCAGCAGCGAGGAUGAGGCGUGGAGGAGCUACCUGGAGAACCCACUGACCGCUGCCACUAAGGCCAUGAUGAGCAUCAAUGGAGAUGAAGACAGUGCAGCGGCACUGGGACUGCUGUACGACUACUACAAGGUUCCCAGAGAGAGGAGACGGGCCUCCAGCGACGUUAAACCCACAGACCCCUCUGCUAUGGGGCCUGAUACCUGCGGGAGCUUGGAGAUACUAGAUCACCAUCUUCACGCUCUCAGAUCCAUGCCUGUCAACCUUUCCCUAAAUAACACCACUACAGAACAUCAGGGCUCCAAGUAUGGAGGCGGUAAAGGUGGAGGUGGGGCGGCUCCGGCUGUGGUCAAGACAGAGGGCCAGAUGUCCAUGGGAGUGUGUUGCUCUGGGGGAUCCUACCAAGGAGAACCAGAAGAUCUGAUACGGAUGGUUUACCAGCAAAGCCACUAUGAUGUGUCCCGCGCUGGGUACUUGAAAGAUAAACAGAGAAGCACUCCAGACAGCACAUAUGAGGACGCUGUCGAAGGAGAGAUGUAUUACAAAAGUCCCUCCUCUGGAGUUGAUGAAUUCCACUGCAGCCUACCAAUGGGCAGCUUCCAGUACAGUCUGGAGGCCAGCAUGUCUGUGCGGCCGCGGCAGGUAGAAGGACCCAUGGCUUACCUGAACCGGGGCCAGUUCUACGCUUUGACACUGUCGAAGGCCGGCUUCAGAUCGUCCGUAUGUCAGCCCAGAGGCAAAGUGCGGGUGAGUGGAACGACGCCGUCACACGGGCCUGAUGGGGGCCCAUCCAGUAAUGAGCAAUGCACCAUGGGAGGCUCUGAGCUGCAGCGGGACAGUAUUGUACAGAGUGUUAUCAUGGUUGUCUUUGGGGAAGACAAGUGCAGAGACGAGCAGCUGAAGAAUUGGAAAUACUGGCACUCCCGCCAGCACACUGCCAAACAGAGAGUCCUGGACAUUGCCGACUUCAAGGAGAGCUUCAGCACGAUCGAGAACGUGGAAGAAAUUGCCUACAACGCUGUCUCUUUCACAUGGGACGUCAGCGAAGAAGCUAAGGUCUUUAUCUCCGUGAACUGUCUGAGCACAGACUUCUCCUCGCAGAAGGGCGUGAAGGGGAUGCCUCUGAUAAUCCAGAUCGACACCUACAGCUACAACAGCUGCAGCAGCCGGCCGAUCCACAGGGCCUUCGCUCAGAUCAAGGUCUUCUGCGAUAAGGGCGCCGAGAGGAAGCUUCGGGAUGAGGAGAAGAAGCAGCUCAGGAAGAGGAUGAAAGGGAAGAAUUGCAGCUCGGGACAGACGCCUCCCUUUAUGAGGGCUGAUAACACGCUGUUCAAAACCAUGAUAGACCUGGACGCCCAGCCUGUGCUCUUCAUUCCUGACGUCCACUUUGGAAACCUGCAGAGAGCCGGGCAGGUGUUUGCUUUCAACACUGAAGAGGUGAAUGGAGAUGGUGUUCUGGUGAAAAGGAUGUCACGUGUUGCUGAGGAAGAUGUCUGUCCCCCUCAGCCCAAGAAGUCCAAAGUGGAACUGGAAAGGAAAGUCCUGCUGUAUGUGAGGAAGGAGUGUGAUGAAGUGUUUGAUGCCUUAAUGCUGCACACCCCAACCCUAAAAGCAUUGAUGGAGGCAAUCUCAGAGAAAUAUGCGGUGCCUGUUGACAAGAUGGCCAAAGUUUACCAAAAAAGCAAGAAAGGGGUCCUGGUGAACAUGGACGACAACAUCAUCCAGCACUACUCCAACGAGGACACCUUCAUCCUGGCUAUCGAGAGCUCUGCACAAUCCUUACGUGUCACUCUGUCAGAAAUCUGACGGUUGCUAGCCACAGCACUGUAUCCACCACAGUCACCCUAUUGAUGCUUUAGCCAUGCCAUGGGUAGCAAUUGUGAACAUUUGCUGGCGGUAUUAGAUGGUGGCGGCACCAAAAUGUGUUCCUUGAGGCCUGUGUGUGGCCUAAAUACAGUAGGAGUGUCAGUUUGUUGUCCUGCAUGGAUCACUGGCUAAACUCCACCCCCCCCUAUCACCCCCUCCCCCAGGCAACCGCCACAUCCACCUCACCUGCUGCAGAACCUGUUUACUACACAUCCUGCUGUGGGAGGCUUCAUUUUGACAAUGUAUGGAAGUGUCCAUAUUUGUGGAUCAAGCGGCGAACAUGUUUGGUUAAUCAGCUAGUCAAGAAUUUCAGAGGUAGUGAGCCGGGAAAUAUCAAACUAACUAAAUAAAAUUUAAAUAAUAAUGAACUUGUUAAUACUUGGUGCGCCAGGAAAGAGGUCUUUAUCCAUGUUACCACAAAGCAUCCAGCCAGCUUGCUGUGCUUUGACAGGAAGAACACAGCACAGUAUACAGUAUAGCUUUUAGAUUACUUGAUCAGAUGUGUGGAAGGCUCUCUCUUCAAAGCAAGUCACGCAACAUCUUUUGCUGUCAUCUUUCUUAGUUGUCAAUCUUCUUUUCUUUUUUUUUAUCGAUUUGUCAUAUUUUUUUAUACUGCAUACUAAAUGUUUCCAAUCUGUGCCAGUGAAAUACCAGUUAUCACAGAUUGGGAUUACACGCUGGUGUCUCACGGUCUAUAAUUGCAUCAGGCACCAUUAUGGAACACGACAGUAAGUCUCAGGAUGCUGUUAAACGGUUUUGCUUCCUCUGUGCAUGUGUUUAUUGCUUUUCCUCUGACUGUAGAGACUGGAGUCACUAGUAUUUUAAGGCAUUAGUCUGAGGCUACUGCAAACCAUCGCAGUUUAACCGUCUUAUCGCUCACUGCCUGUGUUUACCCCUGAUUCCCUGACAGCUUCAGUGGCCUUCAUUUGCGUCAUGCACCAGAAUGUACAGUCUUUUUUUUUUUUUUUAAAUGAGUCAAUAAAUAUAGUUUUAUAUGCA